AGGCGGCCGGGCCCAGUACAGGGGCGGGAAGGGCCGGUAGGGGCUGUAUGGAGCCAUGCGUGCUAGGGCCGAGGGGGCCCCCGGGGCACGGAAAAUGGCUUUUCAGUUUAACUUCUCUAUUGAAGAGAAAGCAGGAAAUGAACUCGAGACUCUUGGUGAUACAGCCUUGCAGCUGGAAUCUGCACACGCUUCUUUGAACCCAGGCGGAUCUACAGAAAAGAGCAAAGAAAUUUCAUCAGAAGAAAACGUUGUGCACAAGGAGUCUCUGUGUGCACAUGAGGCAACACCCAAAACUGCAGAUCCAGUAGCAAACUGUAGCCCUGAUAAAAGCCAGGUCCAGAUGCUGCCAAAGAAACGAGCCAGCUUUAAAGUUGCCAAAGAGCAUAAUAUUCCUGAAGAUUUCAGCAAAGUGUUAGAAAAUAAAGUUAUGGAAGCUGUACAGGGCCUAUACUAUGUAAAUAUUUCUGUGGUGGAAAUGACCCUUUCAAAUGACUCCCAUGAAGAAGACAUAGUGUCUAAAAGUAUUUCUUCUCACUCUGAUCUUAUCACAGGCAUCUAUGAAGGGGGACUGAAAAUAUGGGAAUGCACUUUUGAUCUCAUGGAUUAUUUGUCAGAGGCUGAAAUGCAGUUUAUCAACAAGACAGUCUUGGAUCUUGGUUGUGGGGCUGGGCUGCUGGGAAUACUUGCAUUAAAGAGAAAAGCUAAAAAAGUCCACUUUCAGGACUAUAACCACACUGUGAUUGAUGAAAUAACCUUGCCUAAUGUAGUGGCUAACUGUACUGAUGGUGGUGGUGAUGGCGGAAUUAGUGAACCUCCUUCAAAGAAGCACAAGAAAGCAGACUUCAUACCAGCUCUAAUGUCUAAGUGCAGAUUUUUUUCCGGAGAAUGGGCUGAGUUUAGCCAACUCCUGUUAAGUGGCAACAAACCCUUUUCAAAGUAUGACCUUAUUCUCACAUCCGAGACCAUCUACAAUCCUGACUACUACAGUGCUUUGCAUGAUACGAUUUCUAAACUGUUGGAUAAAAAUGGCCGCGUGUAUUUGGCUAGCAAAGCACAUUAUUUUGGGGUGGGAGGUGGUGUGCAUAUCUUUGAGAAAUUCAUUGAAGAGAGGAAUGUGUUCUGGACUAGAACUGUCAAAGUUAUCAAUGAAGGACUGACACGGUACAUUAUUGAAAUGGCCUUUAAGAUUUCCAGUUAAUCCAUUCAUUCCCCAUGGUGCCUGUUAA